AUGGCACCGAAUCACCGCCGUGGGCCUUGGGUCCCUGAGGAGGACCAGCUCCUGCUGCAGUUGGUGCGCGAGCAAGGACCCAACAACUGGGUUCGAAUUUCGCAGCACAUGCAGUUCCGGUCCCCCAAGCAGUGCCGAGAGAGAUUCCACCAGAAUCUCAAGCCAACGCUGAAUCAUUCGCCCAUCACCCCCGAAGAGGGUAUGAUGAUUGAGCGGAUGGUGAACGAAAUGGGCAAGCGCUGGGCUGAAAUUGCCCGAAGACUGGGCAAUCGCAGCGACAACGCUGUCAAGAACUGGUGGAACGGCAGCAUGAACCGCAAACGACGAGGCUUGGCCGCCCAGAACGGUCACGCCUCCCGCACAUGCAACGGCCGCGUUGAGGCGCCUUAUCCGCGAGCUUCGACGGCUAGCGAACAGAUGCGGCGAUCCUCAUGGACUCUGACGAAGCCACAUGAGGACCCGAGCCCCGUCAGCGUGUCUCGACUGAUCCACAAGGACACUACUGAGUCCAACGACAACUUCCGGCGCUUGGCUCCCAUCUUCACCUACCCCCCGAAUCAUCCAGUCGAGUCUGCCAUGACUUCUCCGGCAUUCUCUGAUGCAUCGUCCCUGGAAACACCAUCCAUGGUGUCAGACCACAGUUCCGUCAGCUCAGCCUCGCCCAAGACGGCACCCUCACCACAAUUGUUGCCGUUACCAGUGGACACGCGCCAAGCCUACGCCGAGCGUCGAGGAAGCGCGCCCGUUUUCUCCUCGCCAAACUCCACUGGUGAUGAAGCCUUCUCUCUCAGUUCGUCUGAUGCAAGCAUCGCGAAACGAUGGGGGCCUGACUCCGGUCACCACCAUUCCAAUUCUGUGCCCGAUGCAUCGACAGCGCCUCGCGAAGAUCGCCCGGAGCCUGCUCGGCGACCAUCGCGCGAUGCGCGAAUGGAACUCGACUUGUUAUUAAACUGA